AUGGAGGUGGAGGAGGAGGAAAGACGCUCUCCACACGAUCAUGUGGAUCGGUGUGUUCCUGAGAGCUUCUUUGAUCGCGUAACGCAAGGGUUACGCGACGAUCUCGAACAUGAGCGGAAUAGGCGUCUCCAAAUGGCGGACACUGCCUCGAAGCAUCGAGCUGAGUUUGCCUUUGCUCAGCUCGAGAACGAGAGAUCUCUGACAUCUCUUCGUGACGAGCUAAGGGUAGCUCGUGGGAUUGUUGAUCGGUCUCGGGAUGAGAUAGCUGCUCUUCAGACCCUUGUUGAUGCCCACCAUCGGGAGCACAAGGCUCUCUGCGAGAUGCUUGAGCGCAAGGGCGUUCUUCAUCGGAAGAAGCAGCGUACUGAUGGUACGGCUUAA